UUUAUUUUAUUGCAUUUUGUUGUAUUUUAUUUUAUUCGUACUAUUUGUGUAAAGAGUAGGCGGAGGAGGUGGUGGUUGGGAAUAUUCAUGACCGUGGAAAACUGAAAACAUAUUUACUUUCACAAAGAUGAUACUCAUCUUUGUGCAUAUCUUUAAGAAUCAUAUAUAUAUAAGACUGGAAAGAAAAUGGAAAAUUUGUGCUGAGGAGGCAUACCUCCAUACCUACCGGAGGAGCAACACCUUUCCUCCAGAGUUCAGUUAACCCUUCUGGAUCCGAUCGCACACGCGCCUCAAAGCUUUCAGGUAAGCAGGUAAACUCGUGCUUCGAGUUACCAUGGUGACACCCCCUGCCUGCAUAACAUAAAAGUCAGCCUCCUGUCCGUGCACACAUCGCGCUUUGUCCGGAUUUUACCCGCAACAACAUCAGAAAUGCCCCCGAACUGCUCUGCUGACAACCGGACCUCCUCUGCGUUCACCUCCAAGCUGAGCCCUGCUGCUGACAUCUGUGUGGGACUGGCCAUCCUCUCCGUCGUUCUGCUCUCUGUUCUGGGCAAUGGGCUGGUUCUGGUGAUUUAUUACCGGAGGAGGAAGAAGUUGCUGGGCUCGGAGCUACUGUGCGUCAACCUGGCCGUGGUCGACUUCCUCUGCUGCAUCUGCUUCUACCCGCUCUCCAUCCUGUCCUCCUUCCACCACGCGUGGCUGGGAGAAAAAAUCACGUGUGUUUACUACGGCCUCGGCUGCUACAUCUUCGGCCUGUGCGGCAUGUUCACCAUCACCGCCAUCAGCAUCAUCCGCUACCUGAAGACCUGCUACAGCUUGGUUUACGGUGUGUGGCUAGAAGGAGCCAACAUCCGGAUAGCGUGCUUUGCCAUCUGGCUCGUGGCUGCAGUGUGGUCUAGCUUCCCUCUGUUCGGCUGGGGCGAGUACGUCCCUGAGCCUUAUGGGCUCUCCUGCACCAUCGCCUGGAGGGGUUAUCACACCUCAGCCAAGGAUGCCUUCUACGUCAUCUGCUCCUUCGCCUGCUUCACACUGGUUCCUGUCCUCCUCAUUGUGGUGUCCCAGUGUCGGAUCCUCUGCAAGGUGUCCCGCUUCUCCUACUCGCUGUCUGAGAGAGGCAUCCGCAACAACCUGCGAUACACUGAAAAACGACUCUCCAUGAUGUUUUUCUGCAUCAGCCUGGGCUUUGUGAUUGCCUGGGCCCCGUACGCUGUCGUGUCAUUCCUCUUCAUUUUCCACAAAGAGAACUGGUACCUGGCUCCUGAGGGCUUUGUUUUCCCUGCCCUCUUCGCCAAAAGCUCCCACAUCUACAACCCGUUAAUCUACUUCUACUUUAACAAGACUUUUCAGCAGGAGCUUCGCUGCUUGCUCCUCUCUUUCUGCCCAAAGCUGGGAGGAAAUCGAGUGGGCAUCCACAUCAGCAGGGGCCACCAAGCCCCAUAUCCCAUCCACAUUCAGCUCCAGGAAAGAGGCUGCAUCCAAAAGAAGUUUGGUUUGUCUCCAGACAGAACUCACAGCAAGAGCAAGAGCAAAGGCAAAGUGAUGAACACCAGCAGCAACCGUGUCCACGGCAGGCUGGUGUACUCCUGCUGGGGGUCCACGUCAAAGAAUGCCCCUACCCUCUUGGACAAUAAACCUGCCAAAGACUCCCUGUCUGUCUCUAUAUGAACUCUGUCUAUCACUAUUUACACAGGGACAGGGGAUCAAUGACUUAAAGGUGGGGUAUGCGAUUCUAAUCCAAUACACAAUUUUUGUCAAAUUCAGUAAAUAUCUCCUCACGGUCCGCUAGCUGUCAAAAAGGGGUGUGUUGAUACACACCCCUGGCUCUGCAAAUGGCAAACAAACAAAGUGGCUCGGACCAAGCCACACAACACUAUUCCAGCCAUGAUGUGUGUGUCAGGUAACGUUAAAUAACUUGCCCACGGACAUUCAGCUUAAUUUCUAGUUUGCCAAGAUAUGUUGUUGUUGUGAUGUUAGCUAUAGCAGCAGGAGAGUUGUGAGUAUCGCUGUCUGGAGCUGCUGUGCUGGCUCUGGGAAACCUUCUCGUCCUCUCUGGUUGUUCGCUUCGCAGCAAAAACUGUAGGGACAGUUUGCUAACCCACAACCGAGCUAACGUUAGUUACAUUACUUGCUGUGUUGUUGUUCUCUCUAUAUCAUGGUAUUUGUCAUGGUAUUGGAUUUCUCCAGAAUCGCAUUCCCCACCUUUAAAGGCGUGGUUAAACUGUGAACGCCAUUAACCAAAAAGUCUGGUCCUGUACUGUUUCACUGAAGAAUCUCGGAAAUUAAUCAGAGUCCAUGUUGCUGAUUUUGUAAAUGAAUGAGCUUAUCAAUAAGAGUUUCUAUAUGGAUUGGGUGCAUCUCUAGGAGAUUGAGCAGCAAAGUUUAAUAUCCAGCUCCCAGUGAGCUAGCUUAACAGCCUGCAUCCUGUUGAAUCCGUAGAUCAUAUACUCUUCAUGAGUAAUAAGUAGUAGCUGAAUAGCAAAGCUAGUCCUUUUGUUGUUAUAACAACCCUACUUAGGGCACAAAAGUUCAAAUGGUAAUUUCUGUGUUUUAUUCAGUGUUAUCCAUGCAAACAGAUACAACUGUGCAUCAUUUUGCACACUACUGACAUGAAAACUGACUGUCAUCACUACUUACAAGUUACAUGCAAAUAUUAUCUGUGUUACAUGUUAAUGUGUUUGUAUUAUGCAGACAAAUUCUUUGUGCACUUGCACUACAAAUUAGAGGAACCACAGAAAGAUUUUGUCAACCUUUCUUUCUCUUGUCAAACACAGGUAGUCAGUAAUGGCUGUAUUCCAUUACGGUGUGUUAGUUCCAGGGCGCUCGUAUUCAGCAUCAUUAAUGUUCUAGUGUGUAUAAUUGGCAAUGUCGGUUUCCAUCACUUUGGUCUAUCUUUGGUCUAAUAUCUCAACAACUAUCGGAUGGAUUAAAGAAAUUUGGCACACACAUUCAUGUUCCCCUCAGGAUUUUUUUUAGCUUGAACACUCUGUAUGUCUAAAGUGUAAAGGAUCUACUCUGUGAAAGUGUAGCAGCAUCACAUCAUAUUGUUGUAUUUUAUGCAGUUACCUUUUCUAAAUGCAGCAGAUCCACUUUAAGAGUGUUUGUAUUCAGUCUGACUCAACUACUGAACUCACAGAAACAGGAACACCUGCUGUUUCCCCUGUAAUGUGCUUUUUAAAUGAAGCCAGCUGAAAGCUAUGAUCGCAUUAACGCCUCUGUAAUUAUGCUGGUUCAGUGUGUGUGUGUGUGUGUUUGUGUGUGUGUGAUUGUGAGCUGUUUGCGCUCCAUGUUUCUAUAGUAUUUGUAAUAUUUUGUACGCUGUGGUUGUUCUGUCCCUACCUGUAACAAUGUCAACAAUUACAGUAUGCUAACAUAUUCAUAAUGUUUUGUCUGAUGUUUUGAACGCUUCUUCGUACCUUUGAUGUGUUUCUUUUUCAUGAAUUUGGGGAUUUAAAAAAAAAAAAAGUACAUACUUUUACCAGCUUGGAGUCUAAUCUGUGAUGCUCUUUUCACUCCAAGUUCAUGAAUUGUCCAGCAUUUUAAAUAUUUAUUUGACCACUGUUCGUUUUUAGCUUAUGGAUAUUAACGGAAAGUUGAGCUGUGAAUUUAUCCUUGUAGUGUUUUUUCUCUCUUUUGUGUUCUAAUGAAGCAGCCCUAAAAUCUUUAUUUUUCUAACACUCUUCACUGUCCCUUGUGACAUGUGUCUCUGUCAUCUUGUGAAAUUAAUAAAAAACAAUGAUACUGCAGUAUUUGAUCAGAUCCAUUUUAACUGAGAAUAAUAAACUGUUCAAAAGUAAGAAAUCUUGCACACCACUCUUUUCUGAUUGUAAAUAUUUCAUGGUUCAAAAUGCUCAAAUAUUCUUAUAUUUCUAUUCACUCCACAGUGUAAUUCUCUGGUGAUCCAA